UUUCCUUGUUGUCGACGCUUUUGGAAAACCCUGAGUACGCAACGAGAUUUUAUUGCAAUUAUCCUUACUGUACCAGUCACAGGUUUAUGACGUGCUUCCAUAAACAUCCCGAGGCUGGAUUUUCAAACAACAUUACAUCUAUAGUUUAUGAUGUAAUAUUUGCCUGUCGCACGAGUUUAUGCAUCUUUCAGACUUUGGGUGGUAUUUUUAUGAACAGGAAGAGGACACUUGAAAAGUGUCCCAGCAACAUGCAAUCCACCCGCGAGGGAACUGUACACAAUAAAGACGCGGAUAUUAAUUAAUAUUGCUGUAUUAGUCAGCGCGGGGAAAUUCACCGGAAGGGCUGUCCACUUGUCCUUAUUGCAGCAAUUAUCUAUUUUUGUCCUCCAUCGUGCGUUAUGAGUUUCCGAUGCAAUCACAACAGUCAGCGAAUACGAAGCAUGCUUCAGAGAUCCGUUUGACCUGAUAAACUCAGGUGGUGCGGUUGGGGGGGAGAGUACGCCAAAGGUAAAGAGGCGAUGCCACAGUGACGUAACUACAAUCUAUGGACCAGAGCAGGAGAAUAUAAAAGCAUCACGACAUCACACUAAAUCAAACCUGCGGAGAAGAUAAAUCUACACGAGAGGAAAGAUCACAGUACGUCUCUGCUUUCACUAUGAAUUGCGUUGCACUGCUUGCUUUGAUGUGCUGGUGCGUAUUGUGCGGGGAGGCGAUGCACCUGAUGCGUCCGCGCCCCUCACCACUGGACAGCGCCGCGUCCUGGAACAACCUUAAUGUGAUGACUAAAAAAGCACAAAGCAGUGACAGAGACCACGAAACGCGCCUGAUUCCAGUGAUAACCACCGAGAUGAUGAAACAAGAAGACACGUGCUGCAUCAACGCCAUGAUCCUGAAUUACUAUCUAGAGAACAUCCUCCAUGAACAUCCCACAGACAAGGACUACCCGAGUAUUGGUUUCGUGAGGUCUGAUCUGCACAGGAUCGCAAAAGAUUUGGAACCACAUUGUAAAAAGGACUAUUCAGAACACGAGCACGUUAAACAAUUCACAGAUAAAUACAGAAAAGCGAGGGCUCUGUAUGGGGAUGUGACAAAAGCUCGGAACAAAGCAGUCGGAGAGACAGAUAUUCUCUUCCACUACCUUUACGAAUCCUGCACAGCAAGAAAACGCGUUUGAAGCUCUCAUCAUUUGUACUUGAAUAUUCCGAAAUGUAACCAUUUCAAUAUGCAAAGAAUUAUUUAUUAUUGACUUAUUUAUUAUAGCCUAUAUAUAUUUAUUGCUUGUUAUGUCUCCGUUUUUUUUAAAUGGCAUGGAAACGUUUUCAUACCGUGUAUUGUAAGGUCACGCUUGUGACUAAUAUUGUGGCUGACUUGGGCUACACAUCCUAAGCCAGACCACUGCAAAGUAAAUGCAUUAUAAAAGCAUUGUUACAGUCAUUUUGCUUAAAAAAUAAACAUUUGACGAAUUACCUUUUUUUCUUGCAAAUGCUCUGAAGUAUAUUAUAUAUUAAUAUAUUGUAUUGUUUUUUACAGUUGGUUUAUCUUUAUGCAUACAGGUGUAUUUACGCUUUAUUUAAAAUAAAA